GAGAGAUACCAAACAGUCCUGAGUAUCUUUUUUUGUCCAGUCUUUCCUGGCAGUGAGGGAUGAUGAGAUCGGAAGGCACUGAGUAGAGCCUCAGCAGGGACACUCAGAAUUCACAUAAGAAAACUGGACUAGCUGUGAUGAUGGAGAAAGCUGCGCUGCUGCUGUUCUGUUCCCUGGUUGUGUCUUUAUCAGGCUCCCCACUCUACCCAUCCAUUAGGUUCGGCCAAAGGGAUACGUCCAUCCUGAUGACAUCUAUCAAGAAUCCAGCAGGGCAGCUGGAAGAAGACAGACAUCCUCCGAGUCAGCGAGCAGAGCUGCGCUCAGAGCGCCACGCUGAUGCCAUCUUUACCAAUAGUUACAGGAAAGUCCUGGGCCAAAUCUCUGCUAGGAAGUUCCUUCAGACAAUCAUGGGCAAACGGCUGGGAGAUGAAAGUGAGAGCUACAUGAAACGUCAGUCCGAUAUCUAUGAAGGGACCUUUAAAGAGGAUCUUACAUCCAUCCUGAGUGACCAGAGAUACAGAGGGGUGCAUGGGAAUGUCAUGAGGCCCAGACUGCUGAGUUGAGGACAGAGUGAAGACUAACACGCCUCCUUGUGACAUUCAUAAUCAUCACAGCUUGUUUUCCUUUGCUUCCUAAAUCAUGUUUGUUACAAAAGAAAGCUGUAAUCUUGUCUUUUAUUCACAAUUGUUAAACUACUGCUGUUAUUCAUUAUUAUUAAAAAGUCAGAAGACAACCUGCA